UUUCCACGGUCGAGCUGGGAAGCCCCACCUUUUGUGUUUUCCCGCACCGUCAAUCAAAAUAUAGAAAAAAAAGAAAAAAAACGACCCGAAUCUCCGAUCACGGCCCGCCUUUGAUUAAAACAAAUCAUGUUCGGAGUUUAAAUGAACAGAUAACCUCUCGAUUUUACCCUUUUUUCGCGCGAUGACUGGUACGUAACACUUUAAGCCGAUCGAAGCACAACACGGCCGGGCCCCAGAACAGCCAGCGAAACAGCAGGAAAUGGCUGCCUUGGACGUGGACAGCAGUCAGAGCGAGUUUCUGCAGUCCGCCAGCGGCGCCUCAGACCAGCAGACAACAGACCUCACAUCCAUCCAGCUCACGGGCUCCGCCGACCGGUGGGAGGUGCUGACACCAGUUUCCACAAGCAAAGAUGAAUCAAGUGUAGUACACUUACCCAGUGGGGGACUAGUAGGCACCAAUGGGCAAUAUGUGGUCCCACUGCAGACUGUGCCAGGACAGACUCAGCCCGUUUUUGUCACGGCGGGGACAGACGGCACCAGUGCCAAUGGCGUCCAGUAUCAGGUCAUCCCCCAGCUCCAGAGUGCGGAUGCAGCAUCGUUGGGCUAUGCUGCGUCCGCUGCAGACGGAGCUGCACUGGGCACAGACAUUGCCAUACUGCCUGAUGGGACCCAGGGCAUUUCCACAGCAACAAAUGCUAACGAUCUCCAGAGUCUGCUGGCCCAAACUGGGCACAUGCAGCAAAUUCCUAGUGUCUCUUUGACGGGAACCGGGUUUGGAGGUCAGGGACACGUGGUGGCUAAUGUCCCUGUUGGAUUGCCUGGCAACAUCACUUUUGUGCCACUCAACAGCCUGAGCAAUGCAGACCUGGAGUCUCUGGGAUUGGCAGGAGCUCAGACUAUUGCCACAGGUGUCACAGCUGAUGGCCAGCUCAUUAUGUCCAGCCCAGCCAUCACCUCAGGCGAGAAUGCUGGAGAGGGAACAGUAGACAAGUCUGCUGAGCCGCUGACUGCUAGCAGUGCUAACGUUAACGCUAAUACCUUUGUGCCCACGACCGGUUCCACCUCAGUCACGUCGCUCCCCGAGACAAUAGAUGGCACAGGAGUCCUUACUCAAGCCACGGCUGUGUCUGCUGGGCAGCACGACCCGUCCUUCGUGCAACAGAACCACACACCUGCCGCCGAGCCUGUGGUGCAGCUCCUCUCCGCUCAGCCAACGGAUGGCACGGCACAGGCAUUGCAGAGUGUGCAGCUGCUCAAUGCUGGCACCUUUCUGAUCCAGGCCCAGACAGUUUCACCCACAGGUCAAAUCCAGUGGCAAACCUUCCAGGUGCAGGGUGUCCAGAACCUGCAGAACCUGCAGUUGCCAGCUGCUGGUGGGGUGGCCUCACCGCAGAUCACCCUUGCUCCUGUGCAGACUCUGUCUCUUGGGCAGCCAGGUACCGGUGCACUGACUGCCACUGGACAGACACCAAACCUGCAGACUGUCACGGUGAACUCCGUCGCUCAGUACCAACAAGACGAUAACACAGAGAGCCCCUCAGAUAUUCAUAUCAAGGAGGAGCCAGACUCGGAUGAUUGGCAGUUGAGUGGAGACUCCACCCUGAACACCAAUGACCUGUCACACCUUCGCGUUCGAUUGGUGGAUGAGGAGAUGGAGGGUGCAGGUCAGGAGGGGAAGAGGUUGCGUAGAGUGGCCUGCACUUGCCCAAACUGCAAAGAAGCAGGGGGAAGAGGCUCAAGUAUGGGCAAGAAGAAGCAGCAUAUUUGCCACAUCCCAGGUUGUGGAAAAGUAUAUGGGAAGACAUCUCACCUGCGUGCUCACCUGCGCUGGCACUCGGGCGAGAGGCCCUUCAUCUGCUCCUGGAGCUACUGUGGCAAGAGAUUCACUCGCAGCGAUGAGCUGCAGCGCCACCGUAGGACUCACACAGGGGAGAAGAAGUUUGUAUGUCCGGAGUGUUCAAAGCGCUUUAUGCGGAGCGACCAUUUGGCCAAACACAUUAAAACUCACCUGAACAAAAAAGGGCUUAACGCUGCCUCCACUGUGGGGCAGACAGAGGCCAGUGCCCCCUCGGACAGCAUCAUCACCGGGGGCGGGGCCACUCUCAUCUUGACCAAUUUGCAGCAGGCUGGCACCCAAGACCUCCUCUCAAACUCCGACCUCCCACUCCAACUGGUCACUGUGUCUGCCAGUGAGGUCCUAGAGUGACCAAAAUCCUGCCCACUUUCACAGCUCGCUGGCUUUUCACUAUCAAUUUUUAUAUAUAUGAUAAAUAUAUAUAUAUAUAAAUAUAUAUUUUAAAAAAUCCAUUUAUGUUCAGUAGCAGUCUUUUUGUACAAACAGGGCGAAACAAAUGACAUUAAGUGUGGUUCCAGUCCACACACACACUUUCUCUCUCGUACAUGCAUAUACAGUAUAUACAGACACACACUAACACACAGAAAUGCCUUAUUUUGUAUCAUACUCUGUAGUAUACAAUGCUGGAGUUGCAUGUAUUUUUACUCUCACUGAUCUAAUCUUUCAGGGGAUGAUAAUGUGAGUGUUAGUGUGUGUGUGUGAAGUUAUGGUACAGGGUGUGUGUGUGUGCGCGCGCGUGUGUAGUUUAUGCUUGUAUGAAAUUGGCAGCAAGAGAGGGGAAGUUGUGUCCUCUGAGGGAGAAAUGCUCAUGAUCUGUCCAUUUUUAUCUUCCUCUCUUCCUCCUCAUCCCUCUUUCACGCUGCUGGCCUCGGUCCAAAUGUGUCUUCACUCUCAUUUUUAUUUCAUUUUGUGUAGUUGUAUUUUGGCUCUGCUUCCAUCAUGCCCGUUGUAUCGUGGUUGGGGGUAUUAUUUUUAUUUUGCUUUAUUUUGUUUUAUUAUUAUUAUUAUUAUUAUUAUUAUUAUUAUUAUUAUUAUUAUUAUUAUUAUUAUUUGCCCUUCUGUCGUCCACAUGCAACUUGAACAAUUUUCCAGGCGACAGAAUCAAACAGUUGCGUUGUACCUUAUUUUCUUUUGUAUUGUUUUUUUUUUUUUUUUUUCCCUAUCUAUACCCUGUAACAUUCAUAAUGUGUUCCUUUUCCUUUUUAUUUUAUUUCCACCAGCCCCCAAGCUGUUUAUAGCCGCCAUUUACUUUACUUUAAUAACUGAUCUGUUGUAUCAAAGACUCCUCAUUUUAAUUACUUUUUAAAUGUGUAAAAUUUAAUGUUACUUUUGUACAACUUUUUUUUUUUCUUCAAAUGGAACACAAUUAAAGUCAGAAUUCUUCCUAUAACUCUUGAUACUUAAAACUUGUUACGAAGUGCUGGUGUGCCUAUUCUUUCUGAACUGUGUGGGGAGUAUGCUUUGAAUAUUCUGUUUGCUGGUAUUAUUAUUAUUAUUAUUAUUAUUAUUAUUACUACUACAACAACAUGACUUUUGUUCUGCAUGUUUUUUGAAGGGGUAGAAAGAUGUUUGGUGUUGUAUUGCCCCCUACUGAGCUCUGGUGGUAUUACACAUUAUUUAAAGACCAUCUGACCGGUAGGGUUGAACACAAAUGACCAAUUAUCACACCUGUUAUUUGUAGAUCAAAAUUGCUUGUGUACAUUAAGUCACUAAAUUUACAUGAACACUUUCCAACCUGUCUUUAUCCCUUAGAAUACACUGUUUUAUUACUGUGCCUUAAA